AUGGAUCCCAAAGCUCUGCCAUCCGAAAUACAGACGCUUCUGAGGAAGGCAUUGCAAGCACCGCCGGGAUCCUCCACGGCAAGCGCACCCUUACACUCGACUGAUAGGGAUGGCUUCGCGCCUGAGGGCGAUAAACGGUUCAAACAAUUGAUAGACGGGAUACGUUACUCGCAUAAAUUCAUCUUGAGCUAUCAGGUGGUGCUUAUCGGAUUGUUGUUGGUGUUCACAGCAAUACAUUGGGGGUCUCGACUCCAGGCCUGGCGGAGACGGAGAAAUACAAUCAAGGGCAGAUAUGGGGGCGAUAAGACGACUGUUGGAAAGGUAGUAGACGGCAAAGGAGCUGUGGCCAUACAGAGCAUAAGUAGGGGGAGUUCGUCGUCGAGUAGCACUCUUCAAGAGGACUUCGAUCCCAAGUAUCAGGACUCGGAGCGGAGGUUGGACGAGCAGAGCCUACUACUGCCUAAAGCUUCAGGUGGAAAGGCACCUUCUCGGGGAUGGACGAUGACCAACAAGAUCAGUGCAUGGUUCGUCUAUCAGCCACGGCCAAUCCCCAUCGUCAACAAGACCUUGCCCUCGAACGGCACUACCCUGGUGGUCCUCGCCUUCAUCGGCCUUCAGAUGUUUUACACAUUCUUCAAGACCUCGCUAUCGCUCUCAAUGCUUUUUGUCUUCGCAGACCGAACAUCCCUAGUGUUUGUCGCUAACCUUCCCCUCCUCUACCUCUUCGCUGCAAAGAACCAACCUAUCAAAUUUCUCACGGGCUACUCCUACGAAUCCCUCAACAUCUUCCACAGGCGGCUUGGUGAAGUCAUGUGCGUACUCGCUCUUCUACACUCCGCAGGAAUGCUCGGCGUCUGGUACACCGUCCUGCAACCCGCGGGUAUCACACUGAUCAAGUUUCUACUUAUCAAGAUGAUUCUACUGGGUAUUGGCGCUUUUGUAGCCUACGAGGUGCUGUACUUCACGUCUUUGGGCAGCUUUCGUCAACGGUGGUAUGAGCUGUUUUUGGGAGUACACGUUGUGCUGCAAGUUGCUGCUCUAGUCUUAGUGUGGUUUCACCAUCGCCGUAGUAGAUUGUAUGUCGGUGUGGCACUGGCUAUUUUUCUGAUUGACAGGCUUGUGUAUCGAAUGUCUGUCAAACUCACGACAGUCCGGGCCUCGCUAGAGCUCCAAGAGGAUAAGAGGACUGUUGUUCUCCGCGCACCUGUACCCACCCAGGAGAAGCACAAAUGGGUGAAAGCAGUGUUAGGCGCAGGUAUCACCACUGGGUGGAAAGCCACUGAGCACGUCUUCCUGACUGUGCCAUCGCUCGCCCGCAAACACAUCAUCCAAGCACAUCCAUUCACCAUCGCUUCUAAGGCUCCUACGGCCGACGAAAGGGAGGCAAACUUGGAGCUCAUCAUCAGAGCUCAGGAUGGCUUCUCUGGAGAUCUAGUGCGCUAUGCUAAAGGUCACGAUACGGUCGCUAUCAGACUGGACGGGCCGUACGGCUCCCAGACUGCUGUAGAGUUGCUCCAAGACUCCGAGCACGCUAUCAUCGUCGCCGGGGGCAGUGGUAUCGCGGUUGCAUGGCCGUUAGUGUGGUCGGUGAUCGGUGGAUCCGCAAUGCAGGACCUGGAGCAUUCGAUUAGCCCAGACAAUAGGAAGAAGAUUCUGGUUCUCUGGAUCGUUCGGGAACGAUCCCACAUCUCCUGGCUUGGCGAAGAAAGGCUAGAAGAGCUGCGCGCGAGAGGCGUGACUCUGAUGACGCCUGCACCAACGUCAGACCAUGGCCACCCUGACAUUGCAAACAUUAUUGGAGAAUGGCUCAAUGAUAUUGAUGAUCAGGUAUCUAGACGAGGCAAGAUUGGCGUUGUCGUUUCUGGUCCUGAUGGGAUGAAUCGUGCAGUUAGGAACGUUUGCUCUUCUUUAUUGCAAGAAGGACGAGAUGUCAGCGUGGAGGUUGAGAAAUUUGGAUGGUAA